CGGGUGAAAAGUUCGAGUUGGACCGUCCGAGAAACAGAAAUCAGGUGGCAGCGAAGGGGGACAGGAAUAAACCGUAAAACUUGUGACAGUUGGAUAAGAUCUUUGGAGGGACGAAAGCUCGACCGACUUCCUCCUUGGUCUGAGAGUUUGCCUGAACAUAACGAAAAAGUUCGAAAAAUGUGAAGAUGGUGUGUGUUGCUGACAAUUGCUUGCAUUUAUUGCCGGAUUCUCGAUACCUGGAAUAGAGUGAAAUUAGGACACUGGCCUAGAGUGUGAGAACGCUAUUUUUCUCCAUUGAAGAACUCCCAAGAUGAAGAAGAAGAUGAUGAUGAUGAUUGUGCGGCAUCAACCACGUCAAUCAAAUAGAUACAUACAGUUUCAAGCCAGUCUCUCUUGGAGAAUCGGUUUCGUUCUUUUGCUCAGCAUACUAUCAAAAGUCUCUGCCGAAUGCGGCUUCCCAGGUGCUCCCGCUCACAGCUCAGUCAAAUUCAAUACCGAAGGCCUCAGUGAGGAUGAAUGGAGGCCGGGCACCGUGGCCCGUUACAGUUGCGACCGAGGAUUUGAGCUCCUAGGCCCAGCUCGAAGAAUAUGCGGAGAAAAUGGCACAUGGGCCCCUCAAGGCAUUCCCUUUUGCGUCCUCAAUGUGGCUGCUGGCAAGGCUCCUAUGCAAAGCUCAGUGGUGGAUGGAGGAAUCCCACAAAAGGCCGUGGAUGGAUCCACAUCCACGUUCUUUGAUGAGUCCACGUGUAGUUUGACCGAUGUGGAGCGAGCUCCGUGGUGGUACGUGAACCUUUUGGAGCCUUAUAUGGUUCAAUUGGUUCGCAUCGACUUCGGACAAUCGUGUUGUGCUAAAGAUCGAGAGGCAACCAUUGUGGUUCGGGUGGGAAAUAACCGUCCUGACCUUGGAGUCAAUCCCAUUUGCAAUCGAUUCACGGGUAGUCUGGAAGAAGGCCGACCUUUGUUCUUACCUUGCAAUCCGCCGAUGCCAGGAGCCUUUGUGUCCGUUCAUUUUGAAGGACCCCCUGGAGUAUCCCUUUCAAUUUGUGAGGCCUUUGUCUACACGGAUCAGGCCUUGCCCAUUGAGCGUUGUCCGACCUAUCGGGAUCAACCCCCGGGUAGCACCGCCACCUACAAUGGCAAAUGCUAUAUAUUUUACAACCAACAGCCCUCAAACUUUCAAGAUGCGCAAAACUUCUGUGAAUCCCGUGGAGGAUCUCUCGUGGAUGAGUCCAAUCCAGCUUUGCAAGGGUUUCUGUCCUGGGAAUUAUGGCGAAGACACAAGGGUGACGCCAAUGGCCAAUAUUGGCUUGGAGCAGUUCGAGAUCGAGACGAUCCUAAGAAUUGGAAAUGGAUCAAUGGUAAACCAGUAUCGGUCUCGUUCUGGAAUCUACCGGGUGGCAACGAUGAUUGCGCCCGAUUUGAUGGCACCAAAGGAUGGCUGUGGUCAGACACGAACUGUGGUCUGAAUCUGAACUUCAUUUGCCAACACCGACCUACCACGUGUGGCAAACCCGAGCAACCGCCUAAUUCCACACUCAUCUCCACCUCCUACGAGGUGGGCUCUCGAAUCGAAUACAUUUGCAAUGAAGGCCAUCUCUUGGUCGGGCCUUCGAAACGAAGUUGUCUGCCCACUGGAUUCUAUUCUGAAUUCCCACCGGUUUGCCGAUUUCUUCAGUGUGGCCCGCCCGCUGAUGUGGAAAAUGCGGUUUUGUCAUCAGUGAACGGAACCCGGCAGUUCAAGUCCCUGAUUCAAUAUGAAUGCGAUCCCGGGUACGUUAUGGUGGGUCGACCCGAGCUCAUGUGCGAUGUGGACGAGAAGUGGAAUGGACCUCCACCCCGAUGCGAGCCCGUUUAUUGUGAAGAGCCCUUGUCGAUUCGAAAUGGAGGAUUCUCGUUAUCCACCAACAGCACAAGAUUUGGCACUGUCGCCAGCUAUUAUUGCACAUCUUCACGACACGAAUUGGUGGGAAGUCCCAAGUUGGUUUGUCAACCUGAUGGAGGUUGGAACGCGAGACCUCCCCGAUGUGAACCCAUUAUGAUCAAGCCUCGGCCUCCCAAAUUAGCUCCUAAACCUCCCACAAUCGAUGUACCUUUGCCUUCUCCAGAGAGCAAUUUCCCGCGGAAUCGCGAUCGAAGGCCGCCGUUCUUACAGAAACCAAGACCAGACCCAGCGUCGUUCAAGCCUCGGCCAAGACGACCUCCAUUUACCACCAAUGACGAUGGGUUUUCAGCCAGACCUCCCAUUGACAACGAGAUCCCAGAUUCGGCCAAUGUCCAAGCCAAUCCGGGUCCCAGAGCGGAUGAACCGAGUUCAGUCGCCAAUGACAAUCCUCGUGAAACUCGACAAGCUCAAUUAAAUCUAGGUGGCAUUAUCGCUUUGGGGGUAUUUGGCGGAUUUGUUUUUCUGGCCGCCAUCAUUACGACCAUUGUUAUCCUCAUUCGAAGAGCUAGGAAUGGUUUUCAUUCCCCGGCUUCGAGUCUAGGGCGCCAAACCACGCCCACACACUCCCUCCAUAACACAUCCUCGUCGUGUGACGCCAGCUCGUCCAGCGCAGAGUCCGAUUCCACCCGCACCACGGGCCCAAUUGGUGGGAAUUUGUUUUAUCGGCGCGCUUGGGACGAUCUGGCGGAAACGGCCGGAGCCCCUCGUCCUUCUUCAACAACACCACAACCACACUCAAAAACACGAAAUACACGUUGUUCUUAUGGGGAUCGCAAAACGGCCGCCGAUGGUGCGGUCAACCCGCUCCCGCACAAAGGGGCGGGUCGACCCACCCCCAACAAGACUAACCCGAAACGUUUCCUUCUUGAUGAUAGGAAAGACCCCCUGGACCAACACUCGUCCUCGAGUUCCUUCAGGACUCGCUUGGAACCACACGAUGGUGAUCGCGAUGCUUCAGAGAUGGUGGUGAGCUCCUACGCCAAACCCGAAAAUCGCCAUCAUCACCACCACCAUCACCACCGACACAAGCAUCGUAGCCGUCGAGAUGGAGAGCAGGUGCACGAUUAAGUGGAAAGUAUACCUAUAUCCUGCGGAUAUUCUUGUCUUCUUCACUUCAAAAAGUCUUCUUUUCUCUCGUAAUCGGCCAGGGUUAUUUGCCCCUGAUGUAUUUUUGUAGUAAAUAUUGCCAUAAUUGCCUAACUAUAUGUUGAUAAUAAGAGUACUCAUUCCACAUUA